CCUCAAAGUGGCCGCUCAACACUAGACAGCUGGUAGUCAUGCGAACGCUGCCGGUAGCAAGUGUUUUUAUGCCGUCGCCGGUCGUCGCUUCCAUGCAAACCAAACACGCGGAAAGGUAAACGGUGAGUUCGCUACCCUAAUUUCAUUCACCGUUGAACCAUCGAACCUCGAAGUUGAAGGUAACAAAGUCGUGCCGCGUUUCAUUGAACUUGCCGGUCAAUUGACGAUAUGGAUGCCGUACUGCUGGAGCGUGAACGUGUCCUGUUUCGGUUGAACGAAGAAAUUAAUGCUAAAUCUCGAGGAUUGUUCGAACUGAACGAAAAUGCUAGCUGGAUGAGUACCAAACGACGGAUGAGAAAUAAUCUUCGCAAGACCAACGGUCACAUGGCACUGGCGGAUGAUCCGGGAAUCGUUUCCGGCGACGGGGGUAAUAAGGAAAAUGACUGUGACCGAAUGACACCGUCGGACACGGAAACCGAUUGCAAUGAAAGUUCCCACUGUACGGAGGAAAAAUCUCAUGCAAGCGAGAAGGAAUCAAAUCUUUCCUCUGGUUCGAAAGAAGACGUGCAGAGCGUGAAAGGGGGCGAAAAAAAGAUUAACAACAAAACCGUUGCUAAGCAGACCUGCUCCGCUAAAAGCAUUAACAAGAACAUGGCCGAUGUGGUGCCAAAAGUGCUGGAAAAGAAAAACAUCAGCUCCGAGGGAUUGAUCAAGUUUCUUAAAUCAAAAGUUGCCAUUAUUCAAACGGAGCUGGAAGCUGUUCAAAAACAAAACGACGCAAACAUGAAGGAUUUAAACUUGGCCCUAGAUCGCUUGAAACAGAUGGAGAAUUUCAAAGAGCAACUGCUGACCAAAAAUGCAGCACUCGAACGUACCGUAAAGAAGUACGAGGAACGUAACUUAGAGCUGGAUAAGCUGGUGAAGGAAAAGGAAGUUCAAAUUGUGAACGCCGCAAAAGAGCUGGCAACAGCCAGAAGCGAGAUUCGCUGCAUCAGCCAAAAUAACCAAAAUUUGGAGAAGAAACAGUUGAAGGCGCAGGAAGACAUCGACAGUCUGAAGAUAAAGCUAUCCAUUGCUAACGAUGCCGAAAAGGAGACCCGCGACGGAGCCCGCCAGGAACGGUUGACGUACGAAAAACAAAUUAAGCAAUUAAGAAAGCAACGAAGCGAGGUGUUGGCCGACUACAAGAAACUGCUGCUGGCCGUCGAUCAGAUGAAGAAGCAGAAUUUCCAUCUCGAUCAGACACGGCUGAUGAGCGACUUCGAGCGUGACUACUUCAGACAUCUGGACGAUUCCUCGUCGGUCGCACUGUCCCAAUGAAAGGAAUGUGCCCUGUACUUCUCUAGAUUGUAUCAGUACCCUAGGUUUUAUGAGUGUUUUAACGAUUGUUAGGGGUCGCUGGUACCUGUAGCUGCUGGACAUCGUAACGUAGACUGAUAACCGUAGAAUGU